AUGAGCUUUUAUGAUAGUUCUCAUCAUGAUAGAAUGUUAAGUGCAACUCAGAAAUUAGAAGAUGCUACUUUUGAUAUUGAAAUGUCUAAUGCUAUUUUAGAAGAUACUAUUUCCACAGAAAUGGAUUCUGUGCAAGAAUUAAAAAAACAACGAGAAAUCUUAGAAGAUGAUAGCAGAAAGUUAGAUAGAAUUGAUGGUCAUCUUGAUGAAUCAAAUAAAACAUUAAAAAGAAUGCUUUAUAGAGCAAUUACUAAUAAAAUUUUUUUGAUUAUUAUGGCAAUUGUCUUCCUUAUUAUUAUUGGAGUUGUCAUUUAUGUGGGAUUUUUUGUCUUCAGAAAGAAAUAA